AUGAAUAGACAAUAAUAGGAAGCUGCUCAAAUUCUACUAAAACGAGUUCGUGAUGCUUUAUAAGCAAGGGGAUCGAAAACAAUUAGACAGUUGGGUGUUUGCUUUAGAUGUCUUGAUUCAUAUGAUGGGAAUAGGAAAUUGGACAAAAAUGAGUUGAAAGUGGGUCUAGCUGAGAAUGGAGUUUAGUUGUCUUGGAAUGAAGUUGACAUCUUAUUUGCUGCUAUGGAUAGGGAUAGGAGCGGAACUAUAGAUUUUGAUGAAUUCUUAGUUUCCAUAAGAGGUUAAUUGAAUCCAACUAGAAAGGCUAUAGUAGAUCAGGCUUUCAGAAAAUUCGAUAAAACAGGAGAUGGAUACAUUACAGCGGAUGAUUUAAAAGGUGUUUACAAUACUAAAAUGCAUCCUAAGGUUAAGAAUGGACAGAUGACAGAGAAUCAGGUUUUCGAAGAAUUUCUUGUUAAUUUUGGAGAUGUGGAUAGGAAUGGGUAAUUGACUUAUUAGGAGUGGUGUGAUUAUUAUGCUGCAGUAUCAGCUUCAGUGGACAAUGACGAACAUUUUGUUUUGUUAAUGAAAAUGGCUUGGAAAUUAUGACACCGAUUCAUCAUUGUAUAAUUUUUAGAUUAUUUUUAUUAUUCAUUAAAUC